AUGUCUCAGUACUCUGGAAAGAUCACCUUCUACGAGGGGAAAUGCUUCACCGGCAGGAAGCUGGAGGUCAGGGGAGACUGUGAUAACUUCCAGGACCGCGGCUUCAUGAACAGGGUGAACUCCAUCCGUGUGGAGAGCGGAGCCUGGAUCUGCUACGACCACCCCGACUUCAAGGGCCAGCAGUACAUCCUGGAGCACGGGGAGUACCCAGAGUUCCAGAGGUGGAACUCCCACAACGACCACAUGGGAUCCUGCAAGCCCAUCCGCAUGCACGGGGAGCAUUACCGCGUGGAGCUGUUCGAGGCCUGUAACUUCUCAGGUCAGUGCGUGGAGAUCUGUGACGACUGCCCCUUCCUGCAGAGCCGCGGCUUCUCCAAGAGCUGCAUCAACUCCGUCAAGGUGUACGGCGACGGAGCCUGGGUGAUGUACGAGGAGCCGAACUUCCGCGGGCGCAUGUACGUGGUGGAGCGAGGAGACUACUGCAGCCACAACGAGUGGCAGGCCCAGAACCCCAACAUCCAGUCCAUCCGCAGGGUGGUCAACUACUUCUAACCCGUUACCCCCGGCAACCCAAUAAACAAACAGCUUCCAACCAGCGAGUCCUGUCCUUCUCUCUGGACACACACACACACACACCUUUGAUCUCAUAUAUAUAUAUAUACUGUAUAUAUACACACACUCUCUGGUACUCACUGAUGACAUCAUCACAGAUUCAACCUUCACAUCUUUAUUGUCUUCAUCAAACAUCAACUCAAUAUGAACAUGAAAGGAAUUUAAAUUAAAUGUUUGACAAAAACAAAACGUUGAUUAUCGUCAUCAGAACAACAAUAAAUAAAGUUUACUUAAGAAAAUAAAAUAAA